AUGCGUAUUGACACAAGCUUCUCACGUUCCCCCAGUACUACUCGGGAUUUCCUUGGGGAGCCAAUGUCCAGGGAUCGAUAUUCCAGGGCAAGCCAUGCAUCGCGUGUGCGAGAUGUUACUUGGAUUUCGGCUUCUCAGCCAUCCCAGUACCCUGCAACCCAAACCCCUCAAACCCCUAACUGGCAUUCCACUCCUGUUAUGCGUCCAGCGCCUCAUACGGCGCACGCCACUCUAUCAGACACUGAGGAGUAUAUGACUGUUGGCAUCGAAGUCACAGGUGCCGAUGAGGAGAAUGGGUAUGGGUCUUCAGAGGGACAUGAAAGGAAGCCUCAGGGGAAGAAGACGUUUUACGGUGGAAUCAUGAACGGGUUGAAAAGUAUACCGAGAGUCAUGUCGAGAGGACGUUUGAACUCAAAG